AUGUGUUCUGGUGGAAAUUUUGUUAUGGGCAUAAAUUCAGACAAAAACAUAGAAGCAAUCAUGCAGUCCUCAAUAAACGGGGAGAUCAAACAAGGAUAUUUGUUGAAACGUUCUUCAAGUUCGAGGGGAGAUUGGAAGAGGAGGUUCUUUGUACUUGAUAGUCAAGGAACACUGUACUAUUAUAGGAAUAAGGGUAUCAAACCAACGGUAUGUAGUAUUUCUUUACAACUGUGCUUGAUUGCUGAAAAUGUGGGGGAUAGAAUGGACGGGAUUAAUAUAAUAACUGCAGUUAUUACAUCUCUUUUGAACAAUCAAUGCCUGCAGCAGCAUGUGGAGAAUAAUGAUUAUGCUCGCAGAACUUCUAAUGUUUUGUUACCUAAUAACCAAGGUACUUCAGAUGAUCAAAUAGGCAACAGAACAGAGACUGUUUCUGCAGUCAUCCGAGAAAUUCCUGGAAAUGAUUUUUGUGCAGAAUGCAAUGCCCAUGAACCCGACUGGGCAUCUCUCAAUCUUGGCAUAUUGUUAUGCAUCGAAUGCUCUGGUGUUCACCGUAAUCUCGGUGUACACAUUUCAAAGGUGAGAUCUUUGACAUUAGAUGUCCAAGUGUGGGAACCUUCCGUUGUGGAAUUGUUUCGUACUCUGGGAAAUUCUUAUUGUAACUCUAUAUGGGAAGGUUCACUCCAGAAAGAGAGUGUGGAUGACUCAUAUGCUAUUAGCACAUCAAUGACAAAACCCUGUCCCAAAGAUGCGAUUUCUGAUGAAGAGAAAUAUAUUAACGCUAAGAAUGCAAGCAAAUUGCUAAUCAUCAUAGAUCCAGAGCAAUAUGGAGUGUCUACAGACCACAUAAACAUCUGGCAAGCAGUUAAGGCUGAUAAUUUACGACAAGUAUAUAGUCUAAUUGCAAUGUCGGUCACCAAUAUUGUAAAUACGACCUUUGACGAUGUCUUCAGUGUCGAGUUGUAUCACCAUGCUGAUGCUCGCGACCAAAAAAUUGAUAGCCACACUGAGCAGUUGAUACAGAAUGAUCCAUCAGCCUGUCAGAGAAUCAAGACUUCAGAUGAUCCUACUUACUGUCUACAAGGUUGUUCACUGUUGCAUCUGGCAUGCCAAAAUGGAAACCCUGUGAUGGUUGAGUUGUUGAUGCUAUCUGGUGCCGAUAUAAAUAUGCGCGAUUUCCAUGGCAGGACUCCUUUGCACCAUUGCGUUGCUACAGGCCAUUACACGUUGGCAAAGCGUAUACUGAAAAGAGGUGCACGGCCUUCGAUUAGAGAUGGUGGGGGAUUUAGUGCAUUAGAUAGGGCUAUGGAUAUGGGACCAAUUACAGAUGAGGGACUACUUGUUUUGCUCGGUGAGAGCUAA